AUGGGUUGGCAUGACCUGGACAACACUGAAUACGACUGCUGGCCCAUUAUAGAGCCAAAUGAUUACAACAUGAUUAGCUGUGGUGGUUUAGAAAUGGCUUGGGUUCAACGUCCACCAGAAAAGGUCACCGACGGGGAGGAGUUCAACGUUACCUAUUCUGUCACUGCCUCUGAUUCCUUUUAUGAAUACGCCGUUAAAAACAAGAUUUUCCAGUUCAGCAAUGCUUCAGAGGCCAGAAAAUUCUGCCUGGAGCACGAAUGUCCCUCAAACUGGAACAAUGCCAAUGAAGAAAACUGCUGUGUUUAUCACGCCAACAUCCACUCCUGUCCUCUGGCUCUCAUGGUCAGUGGAGGGAUUUGCGGUCCCUGGAUUCCAGAUGAUGGUGAAAUCGUCACCCAUACGGUAUCCAAAGCUGGCAAGAUGAGCCAACUGCUCUGGACAUCAAAGGUGGUGCUUGUUCAUUUAGGAGUCACAUCGGUCAUCGCUCAUAUCAAAGUGGGACAGAUGCACGCAGCUCUGGAGUCCAAAGUGUUAGUAGUCAGUGCUCAAGUGUGUGGUGAUGAUGUCUGUGAGCUGGAGGAGAGCUGUCUGACAUGUCCCGCAGAUUGUGGGGUUUGUCCAAUGCCUACAUCCAUUAAAGUGGCCAUUGGGCUUCCUGUGGCCUUGGUCUGCAGUGGUUUCAUCUUAAUGCUUGUGUGGCUGCAGUACCAAAAACAGAAAAUGUUUUGGGAUGAGAGCUGGAUCAUUAACUACAAUAAUAUCCUGUUUGGUAAAGUGUGCUACACAGGUUUUUGUAGCACCACAAGUCUUCAGACAGCAAAGAGGAACUCACGUGUGAGUCGAGUAACAGACGUGACGGUCUGCACUGCAGUGAACACCAACGUCAAACCACUCUACAUUCAGGCUGGGUGUACCCGACCAAGAGUGGGAGGCAACUUGAGCCGAACUGCCACCGGACUCAAGACCUUGGUGAUGAGGUAUGGACCAAUGAACCUGGGAGCCAAUUUACAAGCAUCCCAGGCAGGCAAUUUGUGGAACUACUCCAUUAUCUUGCUGGAAAUCGCCACUCGCUUCGACUUGCUUUCGGCAGCAUCAGUGAAGCUUGAUGUCACAUGGCGUCCAUCACUUCCCAAACUGAAGGCUGGGAAAUCAGACAAUGAUUGUCCAGAUCCCGAUGAUUACUGCGAGCUGAUAAAGAGAUGCUGGUCCCACAACGUCACCUUGAGGCCCGCAUUUGAGCAGGUGAAGAAGAUCCUUGAUAAAAUGAACCCACAUAAGGUCAGCCCUGUGGAUAUGAUGAUGAACCUGAUGGAAAAAUACAGUAAACAUCUGGAAAGCAUUGUAGCUGAGAGAACUCAGGAUCUUCUUUAGAAAAAGCAGAAGACUGACCGUUUACUCUACAAUAUGAACGUGUAUAUGAAAUUACAGACUGAUAACAGUGUUCAUGACAGUGAUCAUGACUCAUAUAUAAAUCAUGUUGUGUUUCUGUGUGCCAGUGAUAUAGUGGGCUUCACGCAGCUCUCAAGCUCCAGCACACCUCACGAGGUUGUGAAUUUUCUCAACAAGCUUUACACCACUUUUGACGACAUAAUCGACAACUAUGACGUGUACAAAGUGGAAACUAUAGGGGAUGCUUAUAUGGUGGUCUCAGGAGUGCCAAAAAAGAAUGGCAUCAAUCACGCCGGGGAAAUCGCUAGCAUGUCGCUGGACUUGAUCACCCUCUGUCAAGCAUUUAAAAUCCCACACAAGCCCACCAUGCAGCUGACGAUACGUGCCGGCAUUCACUCAGGGCCUGUUGUGGCUGGAGUGGUUGGCACCAAAAUGCCUCGAUAUUGCUUGUUUGGUGACACUGUAAACACAGCAUCCCGUAUGGAGUCGACCAGUGAAGCUUUAAAGAUCCAGUGUAGUGGCUCUACAGCAGAUCUUCUGCAGACUCUUGGUGGAUAUGUGCUGAUGUGUCGUGGUCUCAGCCAAGUUAAGGGGAAAGGUGAAAUGACUACUUGGUGGCUGGAGUCAAAAAGAGGACAGACAGACCCCUUGAUUCAGGAAGACAAAUCGUGGGAUUUUCCUAUUCCUGUUAGCAGUUAAAUUAUGACAGAAAUUAAACAAAUGAUAGCUAACUGUAAUGAAGAGUCAGUCUGCUAAGUAUUCAAUUUAAUUGCUGCUAUACUUAUAUGUUUGCUGCUCAUUGCUGUGUAUCAGA